GUUAAGUUUUGCUGUUAGCCGGCGUGAAGGGCGAGAGAGCUGAGUCCCGGGAGCCCGUCCAGUCCGCUCCAAACUGAUGGACAUUGGAUGGGCCGGAGGCAGGGAUGGUCGGCUAUGACCCCAAAGCAGAUGUCAGAAAUAACUCCAAGUUGGAGGUGGCGGUGGCAGGGUCUGUGUCUGGAUUUGUCACUCGGGCGCUGAUCAGCCCCUUGGACGUCAUCAAGAUCCGUUUCCAGCUUCAGGUGGAGCGCCUGUGUCGAACUGACCCCAACGCAAAAUACUAUGGCAUCCUCCAGGCCUGCAGGCAGAUCUUCCAGGAGGAGGGCCUAGCAGCCUUCUGGAAAGGACACAUUCCAGCCCAGUUUCUCUCCAUAGGCUAUGGAGCAGUCCAAUUCCUCUCGUUCGAGCAGCUGACGGAGCUGGUGCACAAGGCCCACAAGCUGAGCGCGCACGAGUACUCCAUCCACUUCCUGUGCGGCGGCCUGUCCGCCUGCGCCGCCACGCUCACCGUGCACCCCGUGGACGUGCUGCGCACGCGCUUCGCCGCCCAGGGCGAGCCCAAGGUCUAUAAGACCCUGCGAGACGCCGUGUCGACCAUGUACAGGACUGAGGGCCCCUUGGUCUUCUACAAAGGUUUGGCCCCCACCAUGAUUGCCAUCUUCCCCUAUGCCGGGCUCCAGUUCUCCUGUUACCGCUCCUUGAAGCACGCCUACAACUGGGUCUUCCCUGCUGACCAAAACCAGACGGGGACCAUCAAAAGCCUGAUUUGUGGCUGUGGAGCUGGAGUCAUCAGCAAGACCUUUACGUAUCCCCUGGACCUCUUCAAGAAGCGGCUACAGGUUGGAGGGUUCGAGCACGCCCGAUCUUCCUUUGGCCAGGUGCGGACCUAUAAGGGCCUCCUGGACUGUACCAAGCAGGUGAUGCAACAUGAAGGCAUGCGGGGCUUCUUCAAGGGCCUGUCCCCCAGCCUGCUGAAGGCCGCCUUGUCCACAGGCUUCAUGUUCUUCUGGUACGAGUUCUUCUGUAACCUCCUCUACUGUAUCCGGAGGGAGGACAGUUAGCUCAGAGGACAGGAGGGGCCUCCAGUGGAGGCUGCCUCCUCAAAGAAACAAGAGUUACCCGCUGAGCUCCUGUGGCUCUGAGGGCUGCAGCCUGCUGUGCCCUCUAGGCCAGCUUUCUGGAGUCACCGAGAAGGUGGCCGCCUGGACCCAGCCGGCUGAGACCCCCAGCAGAAGGGCAAAGGCCUUCUCCUUGGGAAGUGCUGGGAAAACGAAGCCCAUGGCUGGGGGCAGGACAGCGCUGGGACAGAGCAAGCGGCUGUGGCUUCUCCUUUGUUCAGGCCAGACCUGCCUCCUCUGAGAUACCUUCCUCCUCCGGAAACGGAAACGCGCCUGGCUCUGGCUCAGAAGCGCAGCUUGAGGGCUGAGAGAGCACUGGGACUGGGCUCUCUUAGGAGGGUGCCCCUCCCCCCCAGGGCUGUUCCCUCCCCCCCAACUUAUUUAACAGACAUUAAA